UUAGUAUCGCGAGAUUUGACACGGGAAGAACGGUCAAGGAAAAACAUGGCUGCCCGCGGUGUGCUGAGGUCUGUUUGGGCCUCAUUUACAGGCUUAAAACUAGGUGCUGGGGUCACAAACACUAAUUCGUUUAUGAAGGUUAAUGUUCCCCAGCUUUCCGCUUUAACCAUCCCGAGCAGAGGAGUUCGUCAAGUUGUGGAGAAAAGAGAAGGCAACACCACAUCUAUCGAGGGACAAAUCAUAGACUUACCAGCUGCACCUCAACCUCCAAAUCCCACAGCAAAGUGUCCCAUCUACAGGUGGAACCUGCAGCACAAGUACACCUACACUGAUGUGUUGCUGCUUCGUCAGUUCAUCAGGUCAGAUGGGGGAAUGCUGCCUAAGAGAAUCACUGGUCUUUGUCCGGAGGAGCAUCGCAAGAUAGCCAUAUGUGUGCAGAUGGCUCACAGAGCAGGUCUGCUUCCUGAUCACAAACCCAAACUUCCAGAGGGUCAUGUCCCCAAGAGGCCCACGCUGAACAGGUACUUGACUCGCUGGUCCAUCGACUCGGUGAAACCCAUCUAUAAACGUGGACUGAAGUGGCGUAAGAACCUCAUGGAUGUGGGUCACCCAGCACUUAAGAACAACGUGCGUUAUGGUAUAAAGCCACUAAGCUUCAAGCACUGAAGGACAAAAAGCCUGACAGAUGUGCACAACAGCCGGUGGAGGAUGAACCCAUCACUCAGUGGAGCUGUGGAAAAUCCAGCUUUUCUUUUUUUUAUGGACAAUGUACCUGGAUUUGUCAUGGUGGCAUGCAAGAAAACGCAGAGGCAUUCAUUUAAACUUUUAUGAACAUCGGCCACGAAAUGGUAUCCUGAACAAACGUUUCAAUAAAACCAGCCUGUUUGCCUCCUCCUGCUGUGUAACAAUACCUUUUAUGAACAACUAUUAAAAGGUAGAAUAAACCAAA